AAUAUUAUGCAAAUCAAUUGGCGUCGGUGCUCUCUAUAUAAACAAAAAUUCAACAUGCGAAUGAAUUUGACGUUGGAGCUAGUCAUUCAUUAAAAUAUGUAUAUGCAUCUAUAUUGUUUAACGACGUUUUAAAUAUACAAGCUAUUGUUUUUGAGAUAGAGUCAAACCUUAGACGGCAAGCAUCCUUUGCAAAACAAGUUUUCAGAAAUAUCUAGUUUAGGUUAAAACGUGACCGAAGCAUGUAGCUGUACAUUAAUCAGCCAAUGACAGUCUUGUUUCAGUAUCACCUGCGUCAGAAUCGAAACAAUUCCUGUCAAAUAAGUCUUUAAAAUAGAUUAUCUUUCGCGCCACGAACGGAAAGUGACAGGUAAAAAUCCAUGUGAAGAAUUGACGACAGUGGAGAGUUCCUUAAUUUGUUAAAGUUUCUCAGUAUGGUCGAAAACGAGAAACCUUGGCCCGAACCUGCUCCAGAUUGGCCUUCAGCGAGAAAAACUUGGAAGUUGGCCUGGCCUUUCCACAUUUAUCUUUUUACAGCCCUAAACGUUUUGGUGGUGAUUCGCGGCACGUACGACUUAGUCAAACGAGGAAAAACGCAUUCAAGGAGGAAGGAUCAUCGCUUCUUGAUGAAUUUACUUCUUAUAUUGUUCGGCUUCAGUCGCACAAUGUACCUGCUUUGGAAUCCGUACGAAUCGGAUCCCGAUGUUGCCAAAACAGUUCUGGUAAUCUGCAUCGUCACGUUUGGUAUCGGAACUGCAUGUAUUGUAUCAGCAUUUAGUUUUGUGCUGUUGAUCGUUCUAGAAAGCACACGCAUUUCGCUCGCUCCCAGCAAGUUUCAAAACAGAGGAUUUCUUCUUGGACUUUCCAUCGUCAACAUUCUGUACGUGAUCGUGUCUGAUUUAAUCGUUGCCAAUUUUCACGAAGCUAAAGCUAUGAUCAUAGUUUGUCAAGUCAUGUUCGCUGCCUGGGGAUUUCUGAUUGCGAUAGGGUUUAUUACAGCUGCUGCACGACUUUGGCGCAACUUGAAAGCUUCGCGUCAAACCUCUCAGUACGACCCUGUUCUGGCUGCCGAGAGUAAGAAGGUCAGAAGAUUGGUCAGUUUGCUUUAUUCAUCGUCGUUUUGCGGAGUGUUAAUGUUCUCAACCAUUGUUUAUUCAGCCUUUGGCGCAACAGGAGUGAAUAACGAGUCUGGUUUAGUGAGGAGUUGGCCUUGGAUUGCAGUGAAGACAUUAAUGAGAACAUUAGAGGUACUGAUGUGCUUGCUGAUAUACCUAGUCGCUUUGAAAACGAGAACUUCUAAGCCCACGAAAAAUAAUCAGAUCAGCAAUGACUCGACGCUAGAGAGGGUCAACUGCUCGACGCAAACAUUUUGACUGAAGCACCCGAGACCGUGAGUUCGAACAGCUUCUUUCUCAAAGUUAACACUUUGACCACUUCACACGGGACAUGACAUUCAUUCAUACAGGGAGGAAAUGAUUUAAUAGCACUGCGUUUGGAAAGAAAUAACCUUAGGUUAUUCACCCAUUUAAUUCUUUAUGACCACAAUUAUAUAGUCGUAUAUUCAUGUUUUUCGCUGCUAAUGUUUUUAUUCCAGGCUUGAUUUACAAAUUACGCCGGGACUGGUCUAAUCACAAAGCUUAAUUUUCAAUUGGUGUCGUUUUUUUUUUUACUUCGACACAAUUUGCCACAUCAAUUAGCGAAAUAUGUGUAAAGAGCAACUUUUCUUAACCGAAGGCCGCUCUUUUGUCUAUCCACUUUCAGCUAUUAUUUUCUAUUUACCGAUUCAUAUGAAAGGCACUGAAAAGCGUUCAAUUUAACCAUAUACUUGAACAUAUCUUGCUUUGAUUUCUCCGCCUACUUAGAAAGAUAAAGGGAACGUGAACAUUAAAUAUCACUGAAUUGUAAUGGAUCAAAUUGUAAAAUUUAACACCUGCGGAUUAAGUGUAUUUUGGUGUGAGAUGAAAUGUUUAAUAGAGAUAAUAAAUAAAAGGGUUGUUAAAGCGGUUUCUUUAAGAAUAGUCGAAUACUGCCACCGUAAUGCCGCAAUGGAAUUAUCAAAGGAGAACAGCUGAUUUCUGUAAUUUCUUUUCAGUCGGCGGGUAUUUGAUUUCGUUCCCGGUUGGAGUUGGAGAAAGGCAUUGGCAUUGCGUCUUGCCAGAGAGUAUGAGACAAUAAAUCUAUCUGUCUUAAAA